ACCAGCAGCAAAUAAAUGUUUGACUUACUCAAAAAUGUUGUGCUAGCAUUAGCUCACAGUUGCUAAAACUGCAAAUAUUUCUAGUUUCAUCUCCCUUAAUUUAAAAGGAGGAAUGAAGACAGGUUGGUGUUUCAAAUCAUUUGUUUCAGCUAAUACAUUGUAACUUGCUUGGGAUAUCCGACGGGGGGAAAAAAAACCGGCUGUUUAACCGACCCACAAAGUUUUAGUGCUAGCAUUAACUCUGCUAGCAACAAUCUUUGUCAGUAACGUUAACCGUUAAUAAUGAGAAACUGCGAAGACUUAGUUGAAUUUCCCCUUCUUUAAGAUGAAAUGAAGAAAGCUACCACAUUGUGACUCGCUCGGUACGGACACCUGAGCGCUCUCUGGACUGAAUGAGCCGGAACCUGAACGCACCUCUGGCUCAGAGGUGCGUUCAGGUUCCUGUGCUGCUGAGCUGAUGUGCUGCCUGUGUCUCUGGCGCCUCUAGCUGAAACACUGCGCCACUUGAGAGACACCAAACCGCACUCAGUCUUUGUGGAUCCAGGUUGUCUGAAUGAAUGGAGCAGAGCCGAUGGUUGGUCACAGAGAGAGAGAGAGAGAGGGGCGGCGAGACGAAGCAGCCGACAAUACACGUACAACUUCGGCUGUUGUGAAGUUGAUAGACGCGGAGCUCCAUUCACGGAUCUGCUGAUUUAAAGGCCGGAGAGAAGUGUUGCUCCUCCGCGUAAAACCGACCGAGCUUCACAGUCACCAGACGGGGUGUUUUUUUUUCUCCCCCUCCUCUGGACGUCGAGAGGGAGCUUUUUUCGCUUUCCUCGCAUGUUGUGCAGCAAGCAACAGGUUAUUUACAGCUUUUAGCACGGCGUCCAACUUGCAGCUGCAGCUCGGCGGGUAACUUUUUUUUUUUCCUCCGUCGUGUGGAAGCAGAAGAAGAGAGAAAGGGGGGGAUGAUUUUUGGGCACUCUUGUCCUCCGUGCGUCCACCGGGAUGUGAGCCGCAGCUUUGUGCUCGCCACCGAGCAGAUCCUACACGACUGAACGUGUUAUUGGAAGAGGAAGGGGGCGACGGAGAGGAUGCCAUAGAGGAAGACUGCUAAUUAAACAUCGCCGGGUUGAUCAGCCGUGAAAAAAACCUGCCCACCACCGACAAGACCACUGCGAAGGGAGCUGGUGUUGGUGUGCGAGGGAGAGGAGAGGAGAGGGGUGGAGGGGGACUCUUCCAGAGGAGAGGGACUGCAUGCAUAGAUGGUGCCGAACAAGUGGACCAUGAAUUCAGUUCUGCACAAAUCGCCACCGAGGAGCUGGCUUGGUCUCAGAUUACGACUCAACGACAAGCCUGUCCAGGAGGAGGACUGGGUGGCGUGCCAGCACCCUGAGUGUCCUGAGCGCCGGAGGGCUUCUAAGGUUUGCCACCACCCAGACUGCCUAGACCUGAAUAGCAAAAGCCCCCUUCACCUGUGUGAGUCAUGUGACUCACGCUGCCAUUCAGAGAACACAGACAACAUGCACUUUGACCGGCACCCCCGAUUUGACUUGCAACCUCAAGCCUCCAUCCUGGCCCGGAACGUGUCCACGCGCUCCUGUCCCCCGCGCACCAGCCCCCCCUCCGACCUGGAGGAAGAAGAUGAGGGGAGCAAUGACCGCGCGGAGCGUAAAACAGGGGGAAUGAAGUUGGUGAAAAAGAAACCACGGAGACGACACACUGAUGACCCCAGUAAGGAGUGCUUCAGCCUAAAGUUUGAUCUCAACGUGGACAUCAACACAGAAAUUGUACCUGCAAUGAAAAAGAAAACCCUGAGAGAGGUUUUAGGUCCAGUGUUUGAGAGGAACGGCAUUGAGCUGUCCCGGGUCAACUUGUUCCUGGAUCAGUCCAACACGCCGCUGUCCCUCAACUUCGAGGCCUACCGGUUUGGAGGACACUACCUCAAAGUCAAAGCACGUCUAGGUGAUGAGCUGAAGGUGGAGCAGGGUGUGAAGGACAUGCGGUCGCUCAGUCUGCCCAACAUGAAGCCCUCUGCAGGUCAGAGCCCCUACAUCCUAACCCCGGGCAGCGAGAAGGUGGAGCACGGAUCCCUGGGACGCAAAGAAAGCGUGGAUCUGUUGGGUCAGGCGAGAAGGAGGAAGAACAUGACGGAGUUCCUAGGGGAGACCAAUAUUCCUACGCCAGAGGCUCUGGGACAGAUGGGUGGCUCGCUGCCCAGCGUCGGGGCCGGGCCGGACAGCUGGAAGAACCGCGCUGCCAGCCGUUUCAGCGGCUUCUUCAGCUCCAACGCUGGAGCAGGACCCUUCGUCAAGGAGGUGGACCGUCUGGAGCAGCUCCAGAGCAAACUGCACUCCUACACGAUGUUCGGGUUGCCCAAGGUGCCGCGGCAGCUCUCCUUCCACCAGGACUCCUGGGAGGAGGAGGAGGAGGAGGAGACCAACCUAGCCAUGGAGGACAGCUGGCAGAUGCUGCUCGACAACUCAGAGACGCUGACGAGGCGACAGUUCCACCAGCAGGAGGCGAUAUGGGAGCUGCUGCACACGGAGGCCACCUACAUAAAGAAGCUGCGAGUCAUCACUGAUCUGUUCCUGUGUGGGCUGCUGAACCUGCAGGAGAGCGGCCUGCUGACGGAGGUGGAGCCCGCCAAGGCGUUCAGUAACAUCCAGGAGAUCGUCCUCCUCCACACCUCCCUGUGGAACGACGUCAUGCUGCCGGUCCUGAAGAAGGCCAGGCAGGCCCGGGCGCUGCUCGACCCCACUGACCUCCACCACGGCUUCAGGACGUUCGGCUCCAGGUUCCAGCCCUACAUCCGUUACUGCAUGGAGGAGGAGGGCUGCAUGGAGUACAUGCGCACACUUCUCAGGGACAACGAGCUCUUCAGGACCUACGUCACGUGGGGAGAGACGCACAAGCAGUGUAACCGUCUGAAGCUGGCAGACAUGGUGGCGAAGCCUCACCAGAGACUGACCAAGUACCCACUCCUACUGAAGAGCAUUCUCAAGAAGACGGAUGAGCCGUCGGCCCGCGACAUCGUCAACAGCAUGGUGGCGGCUGUAGAGGGCUUCAUCAACAGCGUGGACUCACAGAUGCGACAGCGUCAGGACCAUCAGAAGCUCACCACCAUCUCUGCCCGUAUCGACUCGUACGAGGCUGUAGAGGGCAGCAGUGAAGAGGUGGAGAAGAUCCUCAAAGAGUACAACCGCUUCGACCUGAUGGCUCCCAUGAGAGGAACGUCACCGGAGGAGAUCCGCCAGCUGCAUCUGGAGGGAGCGCUGAGGAUGAAAGAGGGCAAAGACAGUAGGAUGGAGGUCUACUGUGUCCUGUUCACUGACCUGCUGCUAAUCACCAAGCCAGUGAAACGAGUGGAGAAAGUUAAAAUCAUCCGCCAGCCUCUCCUCAUUCACAACGUCGUCUGUAAGGAGCUCAAAGACCCUGGUUCGUUCAUCCUCAUCUACCUCAACGAGUUUAAGAGUGCAGUGGCAGCCUACACUUUCCAAGCCAACAGCGCCGCCCAGGGGCGAAGCUGGAUCGAUGCAAUCUGCAAUGUCCAGAACCAGCUCCAGAGGCUCCGCACUGAGGAGGUGCUCCGGCAGCAGAGCAAUCUGAAGAGCUGUCCGGUGGGUGAGGAAGAAGAGGAGGAGGAAGAUGAGAGCAGCAACUCCACCACCAGCUCCCCAUGCCUGAGGCACAAAGACCAGCAGAACUCAAGCCAAUCGGAUGGCUCCACUGAGACCCUGUCAGUGAUGGACAUCGAUGAACCAGGCGAGCAGUCAGAGCCUCCAUCCCUCAACAUGAACCUCGAGGGAACCACUAAAACAGACUCUGAUGUGGCUCCUCUCUCUGAGAGCUCUGAGGUGCAGCAGCCUCAGACCACCAGCCCCUGCAGAGUUCCCUCCAUCGUUUACUCUGAGUGUGAGGAGACGGGGCUGGACGGCGAGGAGCUGGACCCCGUGUGUCGAUCUCUCUCUAUGGACAGCGCCUACGGUACCCUUUCGCCCGUGUCCCUCCUGAGAGAACUUCAACCACAUCCCGGCCAGAGUGAAGGAGAGGAGACAGAGGAGGAGGAGGGAGACAGGGAGGGCGAGGAGGAAGAAGCAGGGAUUAAGGAGGCAGAAGAAGAAGAAGAGGAAGAGGAAGAAGAAGAAGAAGAAGAAGAGGAGGAAGAGGAGGAUGCUGCCUCGCUGGGGUCCCAGCUGUCAGUAAUCCAGUCCUGUAAACCUCGCCGGCGGCCUCACGUUCAGCCACGACUCAACUGCCUCCAGAGGCUCUCCUCUCUGACCUUAUCCCGCUCGGAGGACAAUCUGCUGCAGCGCUUCCACGGUAAAACCCCCGAAUCUCACACACACUCACUGAGCUCUGAGGAGCAGGACCAACCAAAUUGUAGGAACGUGGACACGCCAGCGUUGCCACACAGCCAGAGCCUGACAGAACUGGGCCAGAACUGCCUGGAGCUGCUCUCCGACGACCUCGACCAGUCUGACGACUGCCUGAGCGUCAGCAUGCCCGCCGACAAACUAUGUGCCUCCCUGAGGAGGGCGGAGGCCAGGCACGGCCACACGGCGCCGGCUGGACCGCGCAAGAGCAACAGGUCCCAAAGCAACGGCUCGGACGGGGAAACGGCUCCAUCUGCCCGCGUCGAGAGGAAGAAAGACUCAACAGCCGGCGGUGAUUCAGGGGAAGUGACGCCCAAAAAGAGGAAAUCACCGGCGCAGCAGCACAAGAAGCUGACCCUGGCUCAGCUGUACAGGAUACGCACCACUCUGGUCCUCAACUCCACCCUCACUGCAUCGGAGGUAUAACCACUCUUCCAAACAGCUGAUCGGUGUCGUGUGGGCACGAUGAGGAACAACACUUGUUUUGCUUCGAUGUGACUGAACUUGUCGAGACACAAAUGCACUCUCUCUCUCUCGCCGCCCUCUCCCUUCCUGAUGCGUUCUGGACUCUGAUUAAACCUUUUUUUUUUUUUUUUUUGCAUUUGGACAAUAACAGUCUUUUUUCUUUUUUUUUUUGCUGUUGCCAUGGUUUUCCAAUUUACUCCAAUGGAAGGGAGAGGCAGAGAGGAACAUUAACUGAUUGCACUUUGCAACGGAAGUAGCAUAAUGGUGGGCGGACCUGUGGGCGCCCCCUGGAGGAGAGGAGGUGGAGCUGAAUCCUGCGUCUUCUCCGUCUCCGUCGAGUCAAAGAAGAAAGAGGGACACAAAGUCUUGAAAAUCUCUGCAACACGGACGUCCUCUUAACAUUUGUACUACUCCUGGUUUGCUUCAAGAAAAGAAAAGAAAAUGUAAAAUUGCACAGUUAUCUAUGUUAAGUAGAAGAAUCACUACGGAGUGAAUUUACAUUUACAGUCACGCAAUGAAUUUGAAUUUAUUGUUUGCUGUUUGCUCGUGUACAGAUGUGUGUGUAUGUAUCUGUGUGUGUGUCUGUAUGUGAGUGAAUGUGCGUGUUCGAAUGACACACGGUCCUCGAUUUCCUGACUGAACCAAAACAGAUCUCCCAUCUCCUGUGAAUACGCUAACACAGCCAAAGAUGGAAGACCCGAGUAGAUUCCCCCCCUCCACCCUAACGGAACACGAACGUGCACCCAAAGGUCCAGAAAAAACAAACAAAAAACAACCAGGCGAUCACGUUUUUCACGGAACAGCUUCCUCCUUCACUGUUAAUCUGGGGUGAACUAACAAACGCCAUUUGGUUUGUGGAACUAACGAGAUGAUGAGGUGAUUUUUUUUUCUCCUGAACAACAACAACAACAGUGACUGAACAUGGCUGGCGAACAGGUGUUUUGAGGAAACGUCCUGCACUAUCUGUAUUAUGGCUGGAGCAGCUGCUCCCUCUGGAGGCCGACAUGUAUUACAAAAGCAAAACAAAGAAACACAAGUGCACAAAAAACAAAAAAAGAGACACUUGCCUGUUUUUUUUUUUUCUCUGUGUUUUUGUAACACUAGUAAGAGAUUUAAGAAAACAAAAAGGUUUGGGUUGGAUAUUCUGUUCUGAGUGAAUCUGCAGAGCUGCUUUAGGUUUUUGUCUUUUUUUGAUCGACCACCACAGAAACAAACAUUCGUGCUGACGUUCAGCUUUUUCAGAUCACUGAUUUUAUUACCCUACUCCAAACAUCGCCCAAACCAAAAAGGUUAACUCUGUUUACUUUUAGUUUUUUUGUUUAUGUGUAAUAUUUAUUAUGCCUGCUAUGUUUUAUAUAUAAGAUAUUGUUUAUAUUGUUUUUGCUUCUAUGAUUUGUACAUUUUUUUUUGUGGAUGUAGUCUUAAUAAUUUUUGCCAGGCAUGAAUGUGCUAUGAACCAAAAUCAUGUGUUUUCCUCUUUCAGGAAUGACUUUAAAGUGUCUUAAAAAAAUUAAAAGGCUAAAAUACUUUA